AAUCACACCACCGACUUCUCGUGGUCGUCAUUUACGUUGUUUCAAUGCUCCUAGAAGUCGAAGAGCUCACAGUGCCAGGCGGAGCUGCAGCAGAGUGGUGCAUUUAGGAAAGCAGACGUGGCGAACAGCUGCUGCUAAGCAGCAGCAGCAGCAGCAGUACUACAGCUUCAUCCAGUUUUUUAUUUACAAGCUUCUACUAGUACAUCAACUACGCGCGAACAACAAGAUGCUGCAGCCAGAAUGCCAAAUCUAUGGCGUUCUCAAACGUUACAUUCUCAACUGCUACCUGACUUGUCAUGCAAAAUGACCAUGAGCCACCAGACGAUCCAGCUGCUUCGCAUGACAAGUUCUCGAAUGGCUGUAAUAACAGCGUCUAAAUCUGUACCAAAUCUGUCAUGCAAGACGCGCAAGCUCCGUCCUUUCACUUUGUUUGCCAUUCUUGCAUAACAAAUUCGUGUAACAGUUGAGGAUGUAACAGUUGAGAACGCCAUAAAAUCUGUUUGGACAUCAUGGAUCCGGACGACCAGGUGUCCCAGCUGAUCCCCUGCUAUCAUAUGUAAAAACGUCCCCAUCCCAUAGGCAUAGUCAAGUUGGGAAAUCUGCAAGACAAAUCGACAAGCUUUGGCUGUUACGCAUGACAAGUUUGGGCUGGCAGAAGUGUAGUCGUGUUUAGCUAGUGCAACAGCGUUACAAAUCUAGCGCCUUAUGCUGGUUUGAGCAUCACAAAUUCUAAAAACUCGACUAGCGAAAAAUGCUUCUCAUGGGGCUCCGCAUGGGAAACAUUUUCAGCAUGCAGAUUUGCAUGACAACUCUGGGGUGCUGGGGACGUUUUUGCAUAGGAUACCUGCGGCCACGUCUUCCACACGGCCUGCAUAAAGGACUAUGAAUCCACCGUGGUCACAACGCGGGAAGUGCGGAUCCGUAUCGAAUGCAAAUAUGUCUGGGUCUGAGAGCUCGCGAGACUUGCCAUGCUGGUCUGGCAUGGCCCUCAAAUCUGUAUUGCGUGGCCAGAAAACAGCCUCUGCCUCUCUCACCUGUCAUACAAAAACGCAGUUUCUGAUGCGGAGUAAGUACGCAGAACAGAAGCUCAAACAAACUUGUCAUACUUGGCCGCGCAUUACAGUGCAUUUGUCAUUGACGGACUUCUUGCAUCACACGUUUCCAGACCCAGACAUUUUUGCAGUGCAUAUUCCGUUCUCCUGGGCAAAUCCUCCCGCGCGUCCAGCACGUGAAAAAUCCGCUCAAGUGCCCUUGCUGCAGGGCUAUCGCGAGCAAAAAUCCCCCCUCCCCAUAUCGAAACGGAAAUUUGUAAUGCUGAUUUGUGGCCACAAAUCGCCUUUGUCUUGCAGUGGAGGAUUGCAUGGCCAUAUCAUGCCAGGGUACAGAGGUUUUGGCCUAGGCACUGUAGCAUGAGGAGCGUCUAUGCUGUAGGCCCACCAGCAUUACUACAAACUGCCUGCAUAAUGGGGCGGUUGUCUGUGGCGUUGCUUUCUUACAAGACAGGCGCGAUUUGUGGUCACAAAUCAGCAUUACAAAUUUUCUGAGGCGUGCCGUUUCGACCUGGGGAAGGGGGAUUUUUCAUUUUGAUAAGGGCUGUCAGUACACACAUGGUGGUGCCACAACUGGUCGACGUCCCCGUGCUCCCUCUGUGUGGAACUACAGGCAGCGGCCCAACCACCACGCAUAACGAGAAUCCUCCCGCCACCACCGACCCUACCACGACAAAAGGCGGUGGUCCGACUGGAGACGACUAUCAAAUGCAAAAAUGUCUGGGUCUGGAAGGUUGUGCGCCUUGUCAUGCAGAUUUUCCAUGAACUAUAGCGUCUGGAAUGCAGGACCUAGCAUGACAGAUCAUUCUGUGAGAUCCGUAUCAUUCCUAUCCUGCAUGAGAAACUUCCUCUCAACUUGGUCAAAAGUGGACAACUUUUGGCAUUCAUGCAACACAGAUUUUUGCACGAUCCAGAAUUAGCAUUACAAGUUCCAUCCUGCUUCCAGACCCAGACAUUUUUGCAGUGCAUAACGACACCUCCGACCCAACGGCGCAAGUCGUGUGCGCGGAAAUAAAUACCAGCGGCCGGAGCAGCGCGUCCUCGGGAAAGCAGGAAGCAGACCCGCACACCGUCGCUGAGGAACCCGCUGGCCCAAGUGUUGAGCCGGCCGCGAGCGUGCCGGCAAAAAGUGCGGCACCAGCAGAGCAACCGUCACUGCAGCAGGCGGCCACGAGGAAAACCUGGGACAUCCGGUAUCCGCAACUGCAGUACGAAGUGAAAAACUCGUCGGAAUUCGCGAGGAGAGUCCGUUCUCACCGUCGGUUCCCAACACAAUAGUACAGGCGUCGCCAAGCUUUCUUUUUCUGUAUGUUGACACCAGCUAGCUCAGCCCUGAUUGUGAUGCUUCUGCCCAUCAAUUAGAGAGCAACGUUUCUGCAUGAUAUCAAGACUCAGCAACCUCUCCUCCUGGUCCUAUUCUCGUUUUUCCUUUCCAUACCAAGCCGAACACGGUCUGCACAGUGCACGGGCUUAUCGCGAGGAAAACUCCUACAGCCUCCCAAUAAGAGUACUCAAAGCGGGGAUUUGUCAUGAUGGAUGCUGCUUUGUAACCACAAAUCAGAUUUGUCUUGCGAGAAGAGGAACCAGGACCAGCUGCAAGGAGCACUGUGCACGCAGUCUGUCAUGCGUUUCGGUACUCAACUCAGCAUCAGCAAGUUUCUCACUUCGGUGUAGGAAGGUGGGGUUUUUUCCAGCUCGAUCGGGGUCUCCGAUUAUGCAGAUGAAAAUCCUUGGUACCACAGCUACAAUUGUCGUGCGCCUCGAGCAUCACUACGGAAUUAAUUUCUGUAUUGUCAUGGCAAGGAUGUGGCAGCGAAAGGGACUGAUGAAAGCAACAUAUUUUGCACUAUACAAGGAUUGUUUUGCGCUGCAGAAAUAAUAAACUCCGACUUUUUGCAUACAUAUACACCCCCGGGCUCGAAAGGUUCUGCUUUUAGGUAAACUUCGCCCGAAAAGCACGGCAAUAGUAGCUUAGGCGCGCGCUUCGAAGGGAUACUGAAGACACGAAAUUCAAUGGUCGAGAGGUACCCUUUUACUUAGAUUCGGUAAGAGCUUUGUGCAAUAGCGGAGAGCGGUACUCUUGGCCAAAUGGCUCUUAAAGACCAAAAAGCGCUAAAGCGUAGACUGCAGGAACCCAAAGAACCAGGUGCGAAACGCGCGCACUUUUUGGGAGAGAAAGGUGGCCACGUUUUGAAAGGCAAAAGUGGCAACUUUUGUUCUGGCCGGGCUUCAGGAAUCAGGUGCGAAACCACGCGCACUUUUUGGGAGAGAAAGGUGGCCACUUUUUGAAAGGCAAAAGUGGCAACUUUUGUUCUGGCCGGGCUCAAAGAAUCAGGUGCGAAACCGCGCGCACUUGAAACAAGCACUGUAGAAUUUUCCCGCUUGAGGGAAGCAUUGUUGCAAGCCUUCCCCCGCUUGAAAAUUGGCUUGCAGCCGGUGCGGCGCCCUUGAGGGAAGCAUUGCUGCAAGCCUUCUCCCGCUUGGAAAUUGGCCUGCAGCAGUGCUUCUUCAUUAGCGCCGCACCGGUCCGGUGCGGCGCCCUUGAGGAAAGCAUUGCUGCAAGCCUUCUCCCGAUUGGAAAUCGGCCUGCAGCAGUGCUUCUUCAUUAGCGCCGCACCGGUCCGGUGCGGCGCCCUUGAGGGAAGCAUUGCUGCAAGCCUUCUCCCGAUUGGAAAUUGGCCUGCAGCAGUGCUUCUUCAUUAGCGCCGCACCGGUCCGGUGCGGCGCCCUUGAGGGAAGCAUUGCUGCAAGCCUUCUCCCGAUUGGAAAUUGGCCUGCAGCAGUGCCUCUUCAUUAGCGCCGCACCGGUCCGGUGCGGCGCCCUUGAGGGAAGCAUUGCUGCAAGCCUUCUCCCGAUUGGAAAUUGGCUUGCAGCAGUGCUUCUUCAUUAGCGCCGCACCGGUCCGGUGCGGCGCCCUUGAGGGAAGCAUUGCUGCAAGCCUUCUCCCGGUUGAAAAUUGGCCUGCAGCAGUGCUUCUUCAUUAGCGCCGCACCGGUCCGGUGCGGCGCCCUUGAGGGAAGCAUUGCUGCCUUCUCCCGAUUGAAAAUUGGCCUGCAGCAGUGCUUCUUCAUUAGCGCCGCACCGGUCCGGUGCGGCGCCCUUGAGGGAAGCAUUGCUGCAAGCCUUCUCCCGGUUGAAAAUUGGCCUGCAGCAGUGCUUCUUCAUUAGCGCCGCACCGGUCCGGUGCGGCGCCCUUGAGGGAAGCAUUGCUGCCUUCUCCCGAUUGAAAAUUGGCCUGCAGCAGUGCUUCUUCAUUAGCGCCGCACCGGUCCGGUGCGGCGCCCCCCCGUCUCCGCACGUUUCCGCACCCUGGCGUGGUCGGCUGCUUGGUCGGUUUUGGGAUCCUUCAAGGGAAACGGCGCGGUCCGCGCCGUUUCCCUUAAAAGGGUCCGGCCAACGCCCGUUUCCGCACCCUGGCGCGGCCGAGAAAUCCCCUGGCGUGGGAGUACCACGCAAUACCCCGGCGCGGGGGAUGGGGGGGGCGGUUUCGGAGCUCUCCCACGUGAAUCUCUUUACGCAAUCCGAUGUAGUUUGCCAUGAGAUGAGAUAGAUACAUGACACACAUUGCAGGUUGUGAUCCGAUUAUCCAAGAGAAAAAUGUUUUGGUGUGACACUUUUGGGAAAACAGCAGCACAAAUGCGUGGGGCAUGGCAGCAAAACCUUGUCAUGCGCCGAUGAUAUAUGAAACUGCGCUAUGACUGCCAAGUUGAGCAUGACAAAUGUAAGAACUGUAUUGCAGUGUCUGCGCAACAAAGUAGUACACUUUGACAUCCUUUUUCUUGCAUGCCGACAGUUUGACUUCGAGCGGCAACGGUACAUCUGCGAACAACGAAUCAUACCACGGAUGGAGGUGUUUAUGUUAUCCAGUGCAAGUCUGUCUGGGUCUGCAAGAAUGGAACUUAUAAUGCAAUUUCAGGAUCACAUAAAACUUUGUUUUCCAAAAGCGCCAACGUAGCUCCAUUUCGUGCUACACAAGCAGCGGACUAUCCCAUGCGAGACAAGCAUGAUCAAGAGGUCUCAGUAAAACUUGUAAUGUUUCUGCGUGCGUUCCAGCACAGCUGCAUCAUCCAAAAGAGGCAUAAAAAACAGCCGCAAUCUUCCAGACCCAGUCGUUGACAUAUUUUCACUGGAUACAUAAUGGAAAAAAUAUUAAGCGACUCAACAGUCAAUAUUAGAGGGCUCUUUCGGACAUGCAAAGGAAACAAGACUCGUCCUCAUCAAGACCGCGUGUUCAAAUGCAUUACCGUUGUCUUGCUAGAGAACCUUCUCGAACCCGCGCGGCCGAAAGAAAAAGUAGAACGGCCCAGCAGUACUGCUAUUCAGUUCUGAAACAGCACGGGCAAACGCAUGAAAAAGCAAGACCUAUCGUCCAGACUGAUGAACGAAAAGUUUCCCCAACAGAACCCUCGCCCCGGACAAACUGGCCGACCAUUGCUCCUGCGACCGGAAAAACGUUGCCAGUGCUGGUGGUGGCACAACAGCGCGUUUUAUGAAACAGAGGAAAAUAAAGAGGAACUACUACGCUCCAUUUACAUCAUCUCCAGUAGACCGAAUUGCUUUAUCGCUACGCCCUACCAACUACAGCUUAGUAUGUUCUUGCUUGUAGAAUGACUCGCUACGGUGCGACAUUUCUUCUUCUGCACAACUACCAUAACAAGAACUCAGCAGCAUUCAGUCGAAAAGGAAAAUUAUAGCGGUACCAAAAAUAUUCCACAUUUUCUUAAAGUUCCAUCACGCCCUCCCGAGCAGACAAGCAGCGGAUGCACCACAUGCAGCAGUGCGUGCUACGGAAGCAGGAAAACUGCAACCCGCUGCUAAAAGUCCGCGAACAGAAUCUGAAAUACGUCCGUCCUCUGCGCUACACGCUCGAGGAAAUCCAGACCCUGCUGGACCGCGCCGCACCCGGCGACCGCGUUUCCAUUCUAUCCCACGAAGAAAGUGUUACAGUUGCAGCACAUUUGCUGUCAAAAAAGCAACACAAAUUUUCUCCGCAUGAUGAAAGAGAAAACUUACAAUGCAAAGAUUACAAAGGGAAAACUUGAUGAAACGAGGCUCAAAAGCAUUUCUGGCAUGACAACGGUUGUCUGUCAUACUGGGCCUGCAUAGACGAUGUGGGAAACUGUAAUACUUUAUAAUUUUUCUCGUGAUACAUUCCGCGCGGCGACUACUACGUGCAAACCGGUGGCGUAGCUCCAGCUGAACAUGACGUGCAAACGGCCAUCGCGGCGUCCUCGGCAGGCCUGGAAGAACAUGCGCAAGAACACUCCGGCCCGGGCGUCGGACUCGCGUCAGGUGGCCGCGAACGUAACGGCAACAGCAACAAUUCCGAAGCUGACGGACUGUCUACGGGAAGUCGGGGAGCACAGCUAGACGGGAAUAUUUCUCUCCUUGGCCAACCGGUGGUUCUUCUAGCAGGAGAUAACAGCGAGGAACGAGAUGCGGCAGCUACCUCGAAGGCCUACGACCAAACUGCAAGUGAUGAAACUGACUCGGAGUCGGAUCAGCCGUCCGAGGAUGAACAAGACACCUGGUCGGAUCAGGAUUCUUCGUUCCUAUUGACCGCGAGUACGACGACUACAGAGCCAAGGGGAGAAAAAGCGACGCGAUACCAAAAAAUGACCCAGCAGCCGGCUACUACAUCUAUCCUGACUAAAAACGUCCCCCCCCCGAGAGUCAAGGGGGAUUUCGCAACACAACGCAAGAAGUUUUGGGCGUCCCGCAUGACAAGCUGCAGCCCGUAGUGUAGUGCAGGUUGGCGAGGAUAGCCGCAUUAAAAAUUUAUUUGCUUGUCCUGUUUACCGCAUUACAAAUUCCAAAACACAAUCAGAAAUGCCUAUCAUGGGCAUACGCAUCACAAAUCUUCCUACCAUUGCAAAUCUGCAUGACAACUCUGGGGUGGGAACGCUUUUACUCAGGAUAACUACAUCCACAUUAAUUUUAUCCUCCUCCCCGUUCAGCACGCAAGCGCCGAAUUUAUCAAAUGCAAAAAUGUCUGGGUCUGGAAGAGCCAAACUUGUGAUGCUGCAUGUGGCUGCUAAAAAAAUCUGUAUUUCAUGAGCAGCAAGAGAAGUCAAAUUUGGCUACGCGGGGAGGGCAUUUGUCAUGCAGGAUGCGCAUCGAUAAGCGCUCACAAAAUCUGUGAUGCUAUGGCAUACAUCACAGACAUCAUGGAUCGUAGAAAAUGUGCAUGACAAACUUGUCCUCUUCCAGACCCAGACAUUUUUGCAAUCUAUAGAAUUCGUCGAGCAGCGAUGUCAGUUCCUCCGACCUCUGCGCCACCGCGAACUAUCAAAAUGAAAAAUCCCCCUUCCCCAUAUCAAAAUAGAAGUCUGUCAUGCGGUAUUUGUGUACACAAAUCAUCUUGUCAUGCUAGAAGAGAAAAGAUGCGGACUUUGGUGCUGGCUGGCGAGGGAAUGAAGCCUUGCAUCUUCAGCAUGACAGGAGGCAGCUGGAAGUGGCAAACAGCAUCAAAAAUUGCCUGCAAGCGAGGCCACAACUGAGGCCCUUGGCCUUCUAGCAAGACAAAUCGGUUUUUGUACUCGAAUACAGCAUCACAACUUUCGACGCUUUCGAUAUGUGGAGGAGGGGUUUUUCCUUUUGAUACGACCUCCCUGCUGUUUCUGGAACAAGAAUUUCGCGACCGGAAUGACGGGUGGUCCAAAUCGACGGAGGGGUCCGAUAUCCCAUGGAAAAACGUCCCCACCGCAGGGUUGUCAUGCAAACCUGCAUGCUCAAAAUGUUUCUCUUGCGAAGCCCCAUGAGAAGCAUUUUCUAUUCAGGUUUGGGAAUUUGUGAUGCUCGAAUCAGCAUGAUAGGCUAGAUCUGUGAUGCUGUUGGAUCUAGCUGAACAGGAUCGCACCACGAGGCCAAACUUGUCAUGCGCAGCAACCAAAGCUGGUUGAUUUGUCUAACAGAUUUUCCAUUUUGACUAUGGUGCGGGGACGUUUUUACAUAGGAUAUCCGACGCAUCCUCCAUCCCGGAGGAAGACCGAGAUCAGGACAAAGAUUUGCAGCAACCCCUGCUAGCCAAGAACGAGGAAGAUGUUGACCAGAGGAGAGGAAAACCAGGAGCUCCAACAGAAGCGACAAAUCGCCAGGAGUUUGUAUAUGGAACAACGGCAACUGUAACCGCCACAGCUAAGGCGAAAACGGCCAGUCGACAGAUGAAGAAUAGCAAUGGGAAAAAUUCCGCCUCCGAGAAGCCGGAGCAGCGGAGCAAUGAUGUCCUGUACGUUUCCAAGCCCGUCGUCCUGGUCGGGAGAUCGCCUAUGCCCGAGAGCGGGACAGUUUUGCACUUUCCUGUCUGUGUCAAGAUCAAACAGUCCACCGUCACCAGCGUCCCAGGGGUCGCCCGACUGCUGGAAAUCCGGAACCUGCGAGUGCAAGCGCCGGUGACCAUCCGCGGCACGCGGCUGCAAAAGUGCUACUUCAAGAACUUCUUCGUGACGCCCGACCAGGGAUUUGCACAAAACCCGCAAGUACUACAGGGAGAAACGCGAGCACCGGCGUCGCUGCAGCUGCUGAAUACCUGCUCGCAAUCAUAUGGAAAAGAAAAACAAUGCAAAUCGAUCCCUGCUACUACACAGCAAAAUAAACUUUAUUCGCACGUCUUAGUUCUACGUUGCAACGGCAAGCGAUUCAGCGCAUAAUUUUCUUGCUACGAAGGCAUCGCAUCGCGCAAAACUGUUCUGCUGCGAACAAGCAUCCUAUAGCGAUUUGUUAUGCUGUUGCGGUUUUUUGAAUCCGAUUCGCCAUCGGACGAAUGUCAUAUGCGUACUUCUAGGGAUGAUUACGCAGAGCUUUUUUCUCUUCCUGCACAGCCGGACCACGAGGAUUGCACCGUCCGGCAUGAUAGUAAAAGACCCCAGCAGCAUAUCCAAGAAAAAACCUGUGUUAGUGUAACUUUCUUUGGCUGACAGCAUCACAAAUUUGCUCUAGAUGACAGAGAAAACCUAUCAUGCGUGGCUUGUAAGGGAAAACACACACGAAUAGCGGACUUCAUGGUUGUCUGGCAUGACAGGUGUAACUCUGUGGCAUGUUCUGCAUGACAGACUUACACUUACACAGUUUUUUUCUUGCAUACACAACCGACAGAGAUCAACACGAUGUUGCCCAUGACGAUUUUUUCAGCGCAAACAGCACCCGUUCUUCUCUCGCAAGCACGACUAGGUUUGACGAUGACCACUGCGCGAGGACACCAACAUCCUCUGACCGCGACGAACAUACGACGACCAAUGGCACAACUCCCACUGAAAGAACUCCCAGCCCCGGAAUAAAUACUUUCUCGUCGUGCUGGAGGAGGUUGCCAUCGUCCGCGGCGUGCUCCCCCCUGAGAGCCCUCCUCCAGCGGCUGCUCCAAAUCCCACGACAGUGCUGCCCGAAGCGAGCCACGGAUGAAGUGGUGUUGCCCACAACUAGGUCGCAAACGACGCGGCUCCUGCCGGGGAACAACAGCGCGGCUGCAGCGGAUGACAAGAAGGAAGGUAUGGACGAUAUGGAGCUCGAACGGCAGUCCGAGAUUCUCUUCGAGGAUUGCUACGUGAAAGGCGGAACGGACGGCCUACUUCUCGCGUAUCCACUGCAAAUAUUUCAUGUGUUUGAGGCUGGAAUAUAAGUGCCACACGUUUGUCAUGCACAUUUUGCUUAUUACCAAUCAUGUUCUCGCAAAUGUAUACCUAGCAUCACAAAUUUUUAGACGGUUUCUUGAUGCCUAUAAUCUCCCGCAGGAGCAAUAUUCACCUCUUCGCGUACUGCGAAAAAUGGACUCGUGCCCUUGCUGGUCAUGCAAUGCAGUUUAGCAUCACCAGUUGCAAAUCUGUUCCCGGCGACAUCCAGGGAUAUUUGCAAUGCAUCUCGCGACCAGCAGCACAACCCUGUAUUGCGAGGAAAAAUCCCCCCUCCCCAUAUCAAAGCGACAUUUCUGAUGCUGGAUCUGCGUACACAAAUCAGCCUUGUCUUGCAGUAAAGGACUGCCGGCCCCUAGCAAGCCUGAGUGGAACGGUUUUGGCCUAGGCGCUCAGCAUGACAAAAGUCUAUGCUGUAGGCCAAACAGCAUCACAAACCGCCAGCAUAAUGCGGGAACUCUUCUGGGUUUGCCUUCUUGCAAGACAGACACGAUUUGUGACCACAAAUAAGCAUCACAAUAAAUUUCAAAAAAUAUACCUUUUCAGUAUGAGGAGAGGGGAUUUUCUCUUCCGAUACCCUGCUCCGGCGCGUGACGAUCGAGGAAACUAGCGGGCGCGGCAUCGUCAUAUCAACUGCAAAAAUCUCUGGGUCUGGAAAGUUGGAGCUUGUGAUGCUAACUUUGGAUUUUGAAAAAUUCUGCAUUGCAUGGCGACAAAGAGGAGGCCAGUUUGUGCUACGCGGGGGGGGAAAUUUGUCAUUCCGAACGGGCAUCAAGAAGCACUCAGAAAACCUGUGAUGCUAGAAAAGACAUCACAGACGUCACGUGUCUUGUAAAAUCUGCAUGGCAGGUUGCAACCUUCCAGACCCAGAGAUAUUUGCAGUUGAUACGUCAUUUGCGGCGGCAAAAGGAACUGCAGCGGCGGCGCGAAGAACCGUCUCGUCGUGCAACAAGAAGCAGAUGAACUACCAGUAAGUAAACGCUUUGGAAUCUCCUCCACGAAGGUUUUUCUCGAGGACAGCGCGGUGCUCGACUGUGGGACCGGCGGGGUGGGUAUCCCACAAAAAAGUACACUGCUCAGACCAGGAAAUAAAAGGUUGCCAUGCUGUUUUUUGUUUCCCAGAAAUGCUCCGCAUGAUAAAGACUUUCUCUCAGCUAAUACGUCUCUAACCGCUAAACCGCAUGACAGAUUACAUUGCGCCUGACAGAUGACGAUGAUGAUGUUCCACUCGAGUAAAGGCUCUAAAUUGCCUUUCUUGUGGUCUCCGCAUUGCAGAUUUUUAUAGUGAUGCCAUCUCAGCAAAACAAAUUUUGUAUUCUCUGCGGCGUGUACUUUUCUGAUGGAUACCGAUGUUGGACAAACAAGAACAUCAUCGUCCGUGGUAUGCAAUGCGAAUGCGUCUGGACGGUCAGGCUUUGUGAUGCAAAAUGCGAAAAAAAGCGAGAUCUGUAAUGCAUGAAUACAAGCAAGCACUUAUUUUGUUGUUCAGCUGAAGGCUAGUUUGUCAUGCGAAAUCCGCUAGAAGUCGCAAUAGUAGGAAUCGAAAAACCUGUGAUGCUUUCAUAACGUGCAAAGCAUCACUCUGUCAUGUAGGAAUCAGCAGUGAAAAUUUUUUAUAUCUUUCCAGACCCAGACGCAUUUGCCUUUGAUACGUGGUCAAAAAGUACAAGCACCCGACGGCACAUGGUUAUCCCGUGGAAAAAGGUCCCCACAGAAGUUGCGGGAGUCACGCAUGACCAGUGUCUUUGAAGUACAGGUUAGAAAGGACAGACGCACCACAAAGCCAUUUGAUUAUCUUGUUAUACAGCACUACCAGUUUCAAAUCCGACACAAAUGCCGCUCAUGGGGAUACGCAUGACAAAUAAUGUUUUUCUAGAUGCAAGCUCUCGAUGAGAAAGUCUGGGGUGGGGACGUGCUGACACAGGAUACUGUUCCAAUCGGACGACCCGAAAGUCAUUAAACUCGGCACGAAUUAUUUGCAGAAGGGACCCGCUAUGCGUUUUGCAAAUAUGUUUGGCUCUGGCAGAGUGCACAGUUUGUCAUGCAAGCUUCGCAUGGCCCAGAAGGUUUGAAAUGCAGAGCUUAGCUUCACAGGUUCGACGAGGGCUAUGUUGCCAUGUGGCCAAUAUAAACGGAGGCUUUUGCUGCUCAUGCCAUGACGGAUUCUUGCGUGACUCCUGAAAAGGACCAUCACAUACGUUAUGCACCUUUCCAGACCCAGACAUAUUUGCAUUUGGUACCCGCCUCGGCGCAGCAGUGGGAAGCCGCGUCGGCGACGACGGACAAUAAGAGCGCCGUGGUCGCUAUCAAAUGGAAAAAUGUCUGGGUCUGCAAACUUUUUAAUGCUCGGUUGGGAAAAGUGAAUGCUCUGUAAUGCACAACCAAGCAUGAGAAAUUAUCUCUGCGCUGCUUAGUAUUGCGCUCUCCACAUGACAAACUGCGUUUUUGCAUGACAGGCAAAAGGCUCUCUUCUUGGAGACACAUCACAAACUCUUCAAUCAUGCCAGACAAGCGUGACAAACCCCGCAUCCUUCCAGACCCAGACAUAUUUGCAUCUGAUAGUCGCGUGCGUCUCCGGCUGUAUCGAAACCUGCUGUCCCUGCUGCUUCCCGGGGGACCAGAGCGUCACGUGAAUACGUAGGCUCAGCACGACGACGACGCUACCGCUCCGCAAUAGAACAGGACGAACAAUUUUGCAGAAUGCAAAAAACGAGAUUGACAAAACGACGAGAAACACGGUCGUACUGACAAAAAAAAGCUCUUGCACGUCUCUGCGUCUCACAUGAAAUUUUGAAGCCGAAAAGCAGUUCACCCUAUGAAUUUUUUUGUCUUGUAUAUCGUACGAACACGCAUGCUUUCCUUUCGAUCCGGGACACUAAUAGCCAUUUGCCACGCUGCGCGGAAGUGAAACUGGAAGUGCUGGUAUGAGAUUGAAAUUUUUGAAAAACUGGCGCAGCAGGCUGCGCCGCUGGAUGCAAGGACAAGAAUUACCAGGAAAGCGUAGUAGUAAACAGGCCCCAG